CCUCUCCGACGCCUUGUGCCCGCCCCUCUCGGAAGCACGUGCGCUCACGUCAUUUCCUGUUAUUCUCCUCGCUGGGUCUUCGGUCCUCCGUGGGUUCGCUCGGGACCGGGGUUUGGGGCGUGCCCGCUUCCUCUGUGUCAGGCAUGGACUCCUUGGAAAAUCUAGUGAGAACUCGACAGAGAAAUGCACGUGCGCACUAAAUCUUGCAACAAGGUUUAUAGAGCCGUUCACCUAAGUGAGGCCCAGAGAGGAGAAGCCACUAGUUGAGCUGGUGAGUGCCAGAGUAAGAUCUCGAAUCCCUCCUCUUCCUAAAGAAUGAUGCCUUCAGUGAAGGAGAGCCAGAAGGAGGAACAUAAUCUUGGGGGAGGAAUAAUACCAGCUUUGCUUGAAGGAGUAAGAGUCGAAGAAGUAGAGGCCGAUGGAAAUAAUUACCCCGCUCUGCCAAUUAGAAGAAUUGCUUUGAAGAUCUGGUGCCGGGGUGCCUCUGAUGCUGCCUGGGACCUUUGAAGUGCAGGGCAAGCAUUUAAGCCAGGUUUUCUUACUUCAGAGUUUAGAAACAUACAGACUUUGAUAUGUGUGUGUGUAUAUAUAUAUACCACUGAGCCACCCGGGCUGCCCUGAAGACAUCUUUAUGUCAAAGCUGCCUAAUUCAGUUUUACGUCUGGGUGUUUUGCAGAUAGAUAGGUGCGGCUGGUGAUCGCCGAGAAGGGCCUGGCGUGUGAGGAGCGGGACGUGAGCCUGCCACAGAGUGAGCACAAGGAGCCCUGGUUCAUGCGGCUCAACCUGGGGGAGGAGGUGCCCGUCAUUAUCCACCGAGACAAUAUCAUCAGCGACUAUGACCAGAUCAUCGACUACGUGGAGCGAACCUUCACAGGAGAUCACGUGGUGACCCUGAUGCCUGAGGCGGGCAGCCCACAGCACGCGAGGGUGCUGCAGUACCGUGAGCUGCUGGACGCGCUGCCCAUGGACGCCUACACACACGGCUGCAUCCUGCACCCCGAGCUCACCACUGACUCCAUGAUCCCCAAGUACGCCACGGCCGAGAUCCGCAGACACUUAGCCAACGCCACCACAGACCUCAUGAAAUUGGACCAUGAAGAGGAACCCCAGCUCUCUGAGCCCUACCUUUCCAAACAGAAGAAGCUCAUGGCCAAGAUCCUGGAGCACGAUGAUGUGAGCUACCUAAAGAAGAUCCUUGGGGAGUUGGCCAUGGUGCUGGACCAGAUCGAGGCGGAGCUGGAGAAGAGGAAGCUGGAGAAUGAGGGGCAGAAGUGUGAGCUGUGGCUCUGCGGCUGUGCCUUCACCCUCGCCGACGUCCUCCUGGGAGCCACCCUGCACCGCCUCAAGUUCCUGGGACUGUCCAAGAAGUAUUGGGAAGAUGGCAGCCGGCCCAACCUGCAGUCCUUCUUCGAGAGGGUCCAGAGGCGCUUGGCCUUCCGGAAAGUCCUCGGCGACAUCCACACCACCCUGCUGUCGGCUGUCAUCCCCAAUGCGUUCCGGCUGGUCAAGCGGAAACCCCCAUCUUUCUUUGGGGCGUCCUUCCUCAUGGGCUCCCUGGGUGGGAUGGGCUACUUUGCCUACUGGUACCUCAAGAAAAAAUACAUCUAGAGCCAGGCCCGGGCUUGUUGCCUGUCGGUGUGUCUGUACUGUGUGACUCCCAGCAAGCUCUCAGUAAUGCACUGUCUCAUGAACACUUGGACAGCCACUCCCCGCCCCGUUUGGAGUAAUUCUGUCGUCAAUGUGAAAACAUUCCAUAGUUUAGAAGUAGACGUUGCCAAUGCCGUGAGUUGAGGCCACGGCUCUACUAAAGGAGAGAAAGAGUGAGUGUGAGAGAGAGAGAGAAAGAGAGAGAGGGAGAGAGAGAGAACAGAAACAAAACACGAAUGCCUUUUCUUUUGAUUCAAGGUCUCAAGAUGGAACUGUGGGGACUUGUUAGGAUCUGAGGUGAGUCCCAGGCUGUUUCAUCCACCAGGGCCCAGAUGCUGGGAGGUGCUGGGGGCUCGGAGGGCCUGACCCCUCGCCUCACCUUCCCUCUUGCCCAGGGAACUCUUCCACAGGACAAAGCCAACAUCAACACUGACUCUUCUAAGUGGUGCCUCUGGGUGGGGCUGGGGACCACAGACCUUGGGGGGGUGGGGGUGCCCUGAAGACCCCAAGGGGCCCCACUCUUCUCCUGCACAUGGACGGAGAUAGCACUGGCUCAAGCCAAGGCAGUGGCGGCCAACCACCAGGUCAUGCCUGGGACUGACAGCAUGAGCACACCCUCUUGUUCCCCCCUCCUUCCCCGCCCCCCCCCGAUUUGGCCAGUGUAUUUUAUUUGACACUUUCCCAGAAGCCCCUGGAGGCAGCAGCCAUCAUCCUCUUCCCACCUGGGGGUGACUUUUCCCACUAUGGGAGGGCGACUUCUAGUAAGAUCUAUGUUGGCCUUCUCUCAGCAGGUCAGUCCUGGCCUGAGUGCAGGGGUGGGUCUGGAGGUGGAUGGACUAGGGUCUUUCUCUCUGCCUAAUGCCAAAGCCACCUCCUUUAAUUCCCACCUUGCCCAUCACUCAUGGGGCUGCCCCUGUGCCUCAUCACGCCACAUGGAGGGGUCGGGUGGUACCUGCAUCCCUGCUGCCUCCCCUGGUUGUGUCUCACUCUUCCUGUGCCUUUUGCAUGUUGGGAGAGGGUCUGGGUGUCACUGCCGCUCAUGCUUAGAAACCACUGAAAGUCCCCAAUAAAACAUUCAGGAGGAA